CUUAAACAUCAGCAAUUCGGUAGGGUUGACGAGGGCCUUCAUGCGCUAGCGCCGGUGCGAUGGGGGCGCGACCCUAUCUUCUCUUCGUUGCUUAGCGAUCUCUCGUUGAUUAGCUUAUAACACAUUUAAAUUCGCAUAAACUAUCACGAGCUCUUUUAGCAAUCAAAGCGGCUGUGUUCUUUGACAACUUGCACGCUUGCGUACCCAGAGACCGCUGUGCGACCUAACACCAAGUCCGUGCGAUGCAUUGCUUAAUUGAAGAUUUCCACUGGCUGCUAGCCCAAGCUUCGCCACCUGGAGACUUGGGAUGUUGCGUCCUCGGCGCCCACGCAAAUUGCUGCCGAAUUGAUUCAUACAUAACAUGCAGCCGUACCCGCUACCACCACCUCUGCAAAUGCAGCCGUACCAAACGCCGCCGCCGCAGCAGAACAUGCAGCCGUACCAAACGCCGUACGCGGGUUCCCUGCCGCAUCCGCCACCGAUACCACCGCAUCCGCCGAUGCAGUCUCCGCAGCUGCAGCAGGCGCAGCAGCAACAGCAGCAACAGCAGUUCAUACCACAUCCCAGCCAGCUGGUCCCAAGGCUGCCGUACCAGCCACCACUGCACCAACCCCAGCAUCACCAGCACCCAGCACAAUACCAGUACCACCGCCAACUCAUGCAACACCAUAACCAUCAGCUGCAGCAGAACCCCCAGGACCUCGCCAGCAACUUGGCCACCGGCCGGGAUGGCACACCAUUAGCAUUGGCGGCGCUGCCUCCUCGUCCUCCUCCACCUCCACCGCCACCAGGCCUCCUAGCUGCUGGCCCCGGCGCGGCGGCGGCGGCGGCUGCGGCCGUGGCCGGCCCUGGCGGCUCCUCCUACCCCCUCGCCCCCAGCUGCUGCCCACUAUCGCCUCCGCGCAAUCCCCUGUCUCCCCCGGUGGCACUUGUGGAGAUGGAGGACAAGGACGGCAUUCGACUGCUGGAGUCGGGCAACGGCGCAUCGCCGCCGCCGCCGCUGCCGCCGCCGCCAACUGGGCACUGGGACUUCGCCGCCAAUGGUGGUGGCCACGAUGGCGGCGACGAAGGAUCCCGUACGCAACUGCCGCCGUCGCCGCCUCCGAUGCGGCUACGCUCACCUCUACGGGUGGCUUACGAGGAACUUUGUGUCGCUGAUCCUUUGCUGCGGGCACGACUGCUAGGCGACCUGGCCGUACGCUGGUUGGAGAAGAACGCCUGGCGCAGCCCGCUGGAGGCGUUGCUUGGCAGGGGUGUACGGCAGCGGAGCAUGGACCGCAUAGGGCCUUUUGAGUGUCUGGACGAGCAGCAGCAGGGGCUGGCCGCGCACCUCCUGGGCCAGCCGCCGCCGCCGCCACUACCCGCCCCGAACCAAUCUAUCCAAGCAUUAACAACGCCUUCCCUGCAGCCGCCGCCGGCACCGCCGCCGGCACUGGCGCAGCAGCAUCAAGAGCUGCCUCCGCCUCCGCCCCCGCUGCCACCGCCGUCGCCGCGUCCCUCGUCGCUGCCAGCUCCGCCCUCACCACCGCCCAUGCCUCUGACGGCGUCGCCAACGCCCAGCCUCGCCGCUUCCCCGCUCCCGCCGGUAGCCGUGCGGCCGUCACCCGGGGCUGGCCCCGCGGCUGAUCCAUUGGCACCUCGCGGCGCUGAGGCGGUGCUGGCCGCCGCCAACUGUGCAGACGGCGAGGGUGGCCAUGGCUCCGGCGCGGUGGGCGCCUCGCCUAGCGGCCGGCUGGCACUGCGUGUCCCGACGCCAGGAGACCCGUUCGUACUCGAGCCACUGAAGCCGCCUCCGCCGCAGCCGCAGCCACUGCUGCUGCAGCCGUCCGCUCACUCCUCAGCUCAGUCCCAAGCGCCCUGCUCGAGUUUCAUCAAUCUCACCGCCAUGCGAGCGAACAGGUUGGCUGUAGCAGUGGAUUGGGUCCCCUCACGGGCGGGCUUAGCGCAGGUACCCGCCGGCCGCACCGCCGCAGCUGGCGCCACCAACGGCGACGGCAAUCAACUCAACGUGGACAUGCCCGGCGCCACCGCCGGCCAUGCUGCCGGUUGCCAGGCUCGCAGCCCGCCUGCCGCGGCCGCCAAUAUAAACGCUGCGGAUGGCCCCGCGGCUGUGCCGCUCAAACGGCCCCCGCCACCGUCGUACGACGGCGACGUAAUCAGACAGGAUCAUGACGUGCCAUACGCGGGAGAGCUACAGCCGCGGCGGGUCCGGCAGAGGCGGCAAGAGGAGGAGAGGCCGUCGCAGGAUCAGCACAGUGAGGAUAGGGCCCAGUUGGCGUCCUCGGUUGACGCCGCUAUGACUGGCAUGACUUACCAGGCGGAUGUGGCGACGGCGGCGGCGGCUGCUGCUGCGGUGCCACAGGGCCCGAUUCCGACGCCGCAGCCGUCGCCGCCGCCACCGCCGCCACCAUUACCGCUGGCAGGAUCGGCGGCUCCGCCGCCGCCAUCACACCCGACACCGGACGUGAAUACGUUAAGGAUCCAGGAGACCUAA